CCGGAAGUUGUUGAAACGACUGAUAGAAAAUUUAUCGAUGAUCAUUCGCAAAUUCAUAAUAUGUGAAGAGUAUUCUAGUGACAGUUAAAAUGGAUAUAUGACAGUCAAACCUGUAGGAAUUGGACAUUUUUCUCUAUUAUUUAUUUGUGAUGGAGUUUUGCUUUGGAAUAUUUGAACUGGUUCUCCAGACAGAGUGUGGGAGAGUCUAAACAAUCGUGCAGCAUUUCAACUUUUGCUGUACUACCGAGAUUAUUACAUAGAUAUUUGGAAAUUUAAUUAUAUAAUUUUGGAGUGAAAUUUUUAAAGAGAAAAAAAAUGUCGUCAGUAAAGGUAGCUGUGCGUGUCCGUCCAUUCAAUAGUAGAGAGGUGGCACAUAAGUCUAACUGUAUUAUUGGAAUGACCGGAAACACCACAACUAUAACCAAUUUGAAGGCUGGACCCAAGGAUAACAGAGUGAAGAGCUUUAACUUUGAUUAUUCAUACUGGUCACAUACAACACCAGCUGAUAAGAAAUUUGCAGACCAAAAGAAAGUUUACAGUGAUAUAGGCUUGGAAAUGUUAGACCAUGCAUUUGAAGGAUAUAAUGUGUGUAUAUUUGCUUACGGGCAAACUGGUUCAGGCAAAAGUUAUACCAUGAUGGGCAAGAAUGAGUCUGGGCAACAAGGAAUUAUUCCACUGCUAUGUGAAGAAUUAUUUAUGAAAAUAAAAGAUGUGAAGUCGGACAAAGACCUGAACUAUUCUGUAGAGGUUAGCUACAUGGAGAUUUAUUGUGAGAGAGUUAGGGAUUUACUGAACCCUAGUAACAAGAACAACCUGAAAGUUCGUGAACAUCCCUUACUGGGCCCCUAUGUGGAAGACUUGUCAAAACUGGCUGUGCAAUCCUUUGAUGAUAUCAAUAAUCUAAUCGAUGAAGGAAAUAAAGCAAGAACUGUGGCUGCCACCAACAUGAAUGAAACCAGCAGUAGAUCACAUGCUGUAUUUACAAUAAUAUUAACACAGAAAAGACAUGAUGCUACAACAAAUCUUACUGGGGAAAAGGUCAGUAAGAUAAGCUUGGUAGAUUUAGCAGGAAGUGAAAGAGCCGAUUCAACAGGUGCUACUGGUACUAGACUGAAAGAAGGUGCUAAUAUAAACAAGUCAUUGACAACACUGGGAAAAGUUAUCUCGGCGCUCGCUGAAUGUAGUGUCCUGGAUAACAAAUUAUCAACUACAAAAAAGAAAAAGAAGGAAAACUUUAUACCCUACAGGGAUUCAGUACUAACAUGGCUACUGAGGGAGAAUUUAGGUGGAAAUUCCAAGACGGCCAUGAUAGCAGCUUUGAGUCCAGCAGACAUAAACUAUGAUGAAACACUUAGUACACUAAGAUAUGCUGACAGAGCCAAACAGAUUAUGUGUAAAGCCGUUGUUAAUGAAGAUCCUAAUGCCAGACUUAUCAGAGAAUUGAAGGAAGAGGUAGCCAAACUAAGAGAGAUCUUACAACAUGAGGGUAUCGAAAUUGAAGAAGGAACAAUGGCUGCUAAGAAGGAGGGAACCAGAUCUAGGAAGCAGUCAGUUGUUUUGGAUGAGAAGGAAGAUGCUUAUGAAAGACUUCAAAUGUCUGAGAAGUUGAUAGCAGAACUUAACCAAUCAUGGGAGGAAAAACUGAAGAAAACAGACGAAAUAAGGAAAGACAGAGAGAAAGUAUUAGAAGAAAUGGGCGUGGCACUAAAAGAAGAUGGAGCCACUAUAGGAGUAUUCUCACCGAAAAAGACCCCACAUCUAGUAAACUUGAAUGAAGAUCCCCUAAUGUCUGAAUGUCUUUUGUACUACAUAAAACAAGGAACGACCAAAGUAGGCGGAGGGAGUCAUCAGGACAUACAACUCACAAGCACUACUAUUCUGGAAUUACAUUGUUAUUUUGAAUGCAAAGAUAAAACUGUGACCUUGAUACCAUGUGAAGGAGCUCUUUGUUAUGUUAAUGGUAGGAAGAUUGAUGAGGCCAUGGAGAUGAAGACUGGAGCAAGAGUGAUCCUGGGAAAACAUCAUGUCUUCAGAUUCAAUCAUCCAGAACAAGCACGACAAAGCAGAGCACAUCUAAUUGACUUUGAACAGAUUGAUACCACUGGGUCUGAACCAGUUGAUUGGACAUUUGCACAGUUAGAGUUAUUGGAAAAACAAGGAGUUGAUUUGAAAGAAGAUAUGGAACAAAGAUUGUUUGCAAUUGAAGAACAGUAUAAAAAGGAAAAAGAAGAAGCAGACAUAUUAUUUGAGCAACAAAGGAAGGAUUACGAGACUCGUAUACAAAAUCUACAGGAGCAGGUCGAGACUUACUCUAUGAUGUCAUCAGUAUGUCACAUGGAAGACGUUGCAGAAGAGGAACAACAAGAGUAUACAUGGACAGAGAAAGAAAGACAACUUGCUGCCUGGGCAUUCAGGAAAUGGAAGUAUCAUCAGUUUACUUCUCUCAGGGAUGAUUUAUGGGGUAAUGCUAUAUUCCUGAAAGAAGCCAAUGCAAUAAGUGUGGAACUGAGUAAAAAGGUUCAGUUCCAGUUUGUGUUAUUGACCGACACCCUUUACUCCCCACUGCCUCCAGACCUACUGCCAUCUGGUGAGAGGGACGAUGCCAGGCCAUUCCCAAAGACAAUUGUAGCUGUAGAAGUCCAAGACACCAAAAAUGGAGCCACACAUUACUGGUGCCUAGAUAAACUCAAACAACGUUUGGGACUCAUGCGAGACAUUUAUAAUGAAGACCAUUCGCCAGACUCGCCAGUACAAAAACAGGAUUUCUUUACGUGUCUGAUGGGCUGUAAUCCAAACCAAAAUGUCUUUAAUUUUGCUAAUUUAAUACCAUCCAGGCAGAGAUUGGAAUUGAUGAGAGAGAUGUAUCACAAUGAAGCAGAGUUGUCUCCCACAUCACCAGAACCUAACAUGGACAGCAUGACUGGAGGGGAUCCAUUCUAUGACAGAUUUCCAUGGUUUAGACUAGUUGGAAGGGCAUUUGUAUACCUGAGUAACUUGUAUUAUCCUGUACCAUUAAUACACAGAGUUAAUAUUGUCAGUGAAAAAGGAGAGGUCAAAGGGUCAAUACGGGUAGCUGUUCAAGCCAUAACAGGCAAAGAAGAGACUCCAGACUAUACUCCUGGAAUAAAACAGUUUGGAAAUGCCAAGAUUUCAUUCAAAGAUGAUGACUAUUUUAAGAAGAAUCAAUUGUAUGACAAAGAACCUCAAGCUGCUCCGUCUACUGAAGAAUUACGAUAUGUAGAAGGUGAAGGACAAAGUCCUGACAAUCAUAAUGAUGAGGUGAAUUGCAUGAAUAUGGAGAAGAAAGUGAUCACAGACAUAUUCCCUGAGAUAAAUGAGAACGAUCUUCCAGGACAUCUAAAACUUGGUUCUCAACUGCUGUUUAGAGUUACUAUACUAGAGGCGACUGGGAUUCCUAUUGAAUAUGCUGACAUAUUUUGUCAAUUCAACUUCCUGCAUCGUCAUGAUGAAGCUUUCUCAACAGAGCCUCUGAAGAAUUGUGGCAAAAAUAAUCCAUUGGGAUUCUACCAUGUACAGAAUUUUACAGUGACAGUAACAAAGUCGUUUGUAGAUUAUAUAAAAAGUCAGCCACUAGUAUUUGAAGUAUUUGGACAUUAUCAACAACACCCUCUUCAUGAACAAGCCAAAGAUUUCUCAUCUCAAAAUAGCAUUAGACCUCCACCUAGAAGGAAUUUCCCACCCAUGAUUCCUGUGUCAAAGCCAGUUCCGUCACCAAAGUUUGGAGUGCUUGUUCCUCCUAGGUGGUAUGAUUCAGGUCGCAGUGUUGAAUCCCCCCUUUCUCCAUCGUCACCACAUGCCAGUCACAUUCACUCCAGAUUUGAUUUACUUGUAUGGUUUGAGAUCUGUGAAUUAGCUCCAAAUGGAGAAUAUGUGCCAGUAGUUGUUGACCAUAGUGAGGAGUUCCCCUGUACAGGAACAUACCUACUACACCAAGGUAUUCAACGUCGUCUAGCAAUUACUAUUAUGCAGGAACAGAGCCCCGAGACGGACCUUCUAUGGAAAGAUGUUAAGGAGUUGGUUGUUGGACGUAUCAGGACCACCCCUGAAUAUACAGACUUUGAUCUGGAAACAAAUGUCUUAUCUCUGAGUUUGUUUCCUGCAUCUUACAUACAGUACCCAGGAGAUGAUAGAAUUUAUUUCCGAUUUGAAGCUGCUUGGGACAGUUCCCUACAUAAUUCUAGUUUACUGAACAAGAUCACCUCUACAGCAGAGAGAGUAUAUAUGACACUGUCAGCUUAUAUUGAGGUAGAAAAUUGUGACCAGCCUACUUGUAUAACAAAGGAUCUAUCCAUGAUCAUCUAUUCCAGAGAUACUAAAAUAGCUACUUCUAGAUCUUUACGAAGUUUAUUUGGCGGGUUAAAAUCUCAAGAUGCUAACAGAGUGAGUGGAAUAUAUGAGCUGUACUUACGGAAAGCGUCUGAAACAGGUAGUCCAGGUGCUCAGCGUAGACAGAGAAAGGUUCUGGACACUUCAGCCACAUAUGUACGAGGGGAGGAGAAUUUAAACGGAUGGAGGCCCAGAGGUGAUUCCCUCAUAUUUGAUCACCAGUGGGAGCUAGAGAAACUCACAAGAUUAGAAAUGGUGGAACGGUGCAGACAUGUGUUACAUCUCCGUGAAAAACUUGCCGAACAAAACAAAUCACAAGAACUAAGCAAACUUGACAAAGAAGUCACAAACAAAGCCAAGGCCAAAGAAAACUUAAAAAAUAAAGAAAAUGAAACAGAGAAAAUAGAAGAAAAAGCAGAUGACAAAUCGAUGGAGAAAUGGGAGAAAGACGAAGCCGAGAAGGGCAAGAGAUGUAGUAGUCUGUUCGUAUUUACUACAGACGGGGAUAAGGACAAAGAACUGAUGGCCAAAUGUCUGAGACUGAUCCUGUAUGGACGAUUACCAGCAAGUCCCCCUCCCGUCAAGGUUAGUACACCAAUGAAUGAGUCUGUUAUAAGUAUAACCUCAGCCUCGAGUGACAGUGAUGUUAUAACCAGUGUGACUGAUUCUAUGGGUAGUAGUAUGAUUACAUCUUCUGCUUCAUCAGAAAUGUUUAGACCAAAUAUAGGUCAGCCAUCAAUCCAACUGUCAAAGUCAUGUGAUAGUUUAUUAUCAUCUUCCUCAUCUGAUGUCAAUGACAGGAAGUUGUCAUUACCCAUAAAACCUAACCGUCAUGAUGGGGAAGACAGGCUACAUGUUCCUUACAUUGAGGAGGUUAGAGUUAGUCCUGUUGUCUCCAAGAAAGGCUACCUGAACUUUUUGGAAGAGAAGCACAGUGGAUGGAUGAAGAAAUGGGUGGUUGUUAGACGACCUUAUAUUUACAUAUAUAAUAGUGAGAAGGACCCAGUAGAACGUUCCAUUAUUAACCUAGCCACUUCCCAGAUAGAGUACAGUGAAGACCAACAGUCUUUGUUAAAGACGAGGAAUACAUUCUCCGUGUUAACCAAACAUCGUGGAUUCCUGAUGCAGACUUUGGAUGAUAAAGACUUCCAUGACUGGUUAUAUGCUAUUAAUCCUCUUCUUGCUGGCCAGAUCAGGUCUACUCUGUCUAGACGUAAAGACCCUGUACUUUUGUAAGGAAGAUUUGAUUGCUGUGUGAUAUUUAUAGAACAUUGAUUUGAUUGGCUGAAAGGUUAUUACAGAACAGCAGUUAAUUUAAAUCGUCAUUGUGAUUUGUGGAAAUUCCAUUUUAAUUGUAAAUACAAAAUCAUGUUAGAUAAGAUAUUGUAUUCAUGUGAUCUCAAUAUUUCAGUGUUAUGUGCAAUAUAGAAGCUAAGCUUUGAUGUAAAAAAUCAUUAGAUUAUGAAUUUAUAUAUCUCUGUUCUGAAAAUUCAUGAUAAGGUACGAUCAAACCUGCAUUGUUCACCAGAUUGAUCCGAUAAAAUACAUCAUGAAAGGUGACCUUUAAAUUGAGGUUGAAAAUGCAUUGUUAUUACUACAGUGGGACCUGACAAAAUUGGUUUUCAAUUAAUUGAGGUGUGACCUUUAUAGCAGGUUUGACUGUUAAUAAAAAUGUAGUGUUAGAGUUAAUGUUAUACAUAUAUGUGAUCCUCCAGUAUGGAGGUGUAUAAUCAGAAAGUUUUCCAUAUGAAAAUAUUUAGUCUUGUAAUAAAUUGGUAAAAAUUAUGUUUUUAUUCCCCACCUAUGAUAGUAGAGGGGCAUUAUGUCUUCUGGUCUGUGCCUCAGUUCGUUAGUUCGUCAGUACAUCUGUUUGUUCGUCUGUGCGUCCGUUUCUUCCAGUUUCAGGUUAAAGUUUUUGGUCAAGGUAGUUUUUGAUGAAGUUGAAGUCCAAUCAACUACAAACUUAGUCCACAUGUUCCCUAUGAUAUGAUCUUUCUAAUUUUAAUGCCAAAUUAGAUUUUGACCCCUAUUUCACGGUCAAUUAAACAUAGAAAAUGAUAGUGCAAGUUUUAGGUUAAAGUUUUUGGUCAAGGUAGUUUUUGAAGAAGUUGAAGUCCAAUCAACUUGAAACUUAUUACACAUGUUCCCUAUAAUAUGAUUUUUGUAAUUUUAAUGCCAAAUUAAAUUUUUCACCCCAAUUUCACAGUCCACUGAACAUAGAAAAUGUUAGUGCAAGUUUCAGGUUAAAGUUUUUGGUCAAGGUAGUUUUUGAUGAAGUUGAAGUCCAAUCAACUUGAAACUUUUUACACAUGUUCCCUAUGAUAUGAUCUUUCUAAAUUUAAAUGCCAAAUAAGAUUUUUAUCCCAAUUUCACGGUCCACUGAACAUAAAAAAUGAUAGUGCGAGUGGGGCAUCCGUGUACUGUGGACACAUUCUUGUUUUAUCAAUAGAUAUGAUAUAAAUCUAUUCAACCCUACUGAUAUUGGUCAAUGUCCAUUAUAUGACCAUGAAAACUUUCUUAUGUCUGUGAUGUGUAAAAUGUGAAUGUAACUUUGUUUGUGAAUUGCCAUUGUUAUGGUUUUUGAAGUCAUUAUAAUUUCAGUCUUUGCUCAAAUCACUCAAAACAAAAAUGCACUAUUGAAAUGCAAGGUUUUUAUCAAUCACAAAACACAUUUAAACUAUAUUCCUUGAAUAAAAUUUCUUUCACAGUAGAUGAUGUAAGAAAAACAGUUUGCGAUGAAAUUUGUAAUGUUUGAAAUCAUGGAAUUGCCAUUGUCCAUUGAAUAUGAUUAAGGUGUUUAAUUUUAUUUAAAAUAUGACUUCGUUCUAAAGGGAAGUAACUCUGCCAGGUGCUAAAAAAGUUGUGUAUAGAAAUGGAAAAUUCAGAACAAAGAUAUUAGUUGUUAUUAUGUACAUUUUGUUAUCAUUUAAAGAUUAAUGUUGUAAAUAUUUCAUCUUAAUAUUAUUAUUGUUAUUACUUCAAGUAAAAUUGUUACAAAAAUAGGAGAAAAAAAAGUAAUGUCUUAAUAAUUUUCGCUGUAUUUUAAGAAACGAAACUGUACUAAUCUACUUAAUUGCAUAAAUAUGUUUUUGGUGUAUUUUGCAUAAGAACAAAUGUCUUAAAAGAUUUGUUUCUUUUAGCAUUUAAAUCAGCAUUUUUUUAUUGUCAGCGAUAUUUGUAAGUGUGAGAAUUAGCUAGGUAAAAUUCUGAUAUGAUUUUAUUAAGAUUCUGAAUGCCAUGUAAGGAAGUGAUUUUAUUAAGAUUCUGAAUGCCAUGUAAGGAAGUAUCAUUAAAUUAAUCACAUUUUCUUUAGAUAAUUCUCACACUACUCUGAUAUGAAAUAAAAACUUAAAAUGAUUCUUCAGAUUAAGUAAUCAAAGAAUUUCAGUUUUUGUUUAAUCAUGUAAAUUUUAAUGAAAAAGUAUAUGUGUUGAAUAAAUAGGAAUAAGAUAUGAAACAAAUGAAGUCUUUUCCCAUUAACAUGAUAAUUUGAAUGCAUGUUUUGAAGAUAUUUAGCCUGCAGAUUACAUGCUUUUGUUUUUAUCAACUCAGCACUGGUACGCAGUGUAUAAAAUCAUAAUCAUUCGAAAACUAGCUUCCAAAAGUAUUAAACUUAAUCAAGCGAGAAUUUUGAAUAUCAUGACUUCUUAGUUAAAACAUGACAACAUCAUGGUUUAAUUUUUCAUUGUAUUUUUUCAUUGUAAUAAAAAAACAUAAAUUAUAGAAAUUAAAUAUCCACUGUUGUUUUGUAAACUUUAGUCUUGUAUUUCACUUUGAAAUAGAGUAGUCUAUAUGAAAUAUACAUCGUAGCUCGUAUUGUUGUUAAUUUUGUCAAUUUAUAAACCAAAAUAUUCUUCAAUGUAACAUGCAAAAUAUAUUAAGUGAACGCAUUAAUGAGUACGUUAUUUCAUGUGUAAAACAAGAAUUGAAUCGAUUUAAAGACUGAACAAAUUUUUGUUUGAAAUUCACUUUUGUUAAUGUUAUGAGUGAUAUACUUAAUGAAUUUUACCAAUGAACUUUUACUAUAACACAAUGGCCAAAUACAACUUUGCAUACCUGUCAACUUAUGAUAAUACAGUCGAACCUGUUUUAAAAGAGACCACUAAAGGGAGAGCAAAAAAGUAGUAUCUUCAGACAGGUGGUCUUUUAAUACAGUUUCAAUUUAUUUCAAAUGUGCUAUAGAGGGAUCUAACAUUGUUGGUCUUUUAACACAGGUUUUUGUUUGAUACGGGUGGUCUCUUAAGCAGGUUUGACUGUAAAUACAUGUACUUAUAAAAUCUGAAAGCUCCAAAAUCUGGGUGAAAAUUGGUCAUUUUUUUUAAAUCAAGGGUUAUUUAACGACGUGACCAGAAUUAAAAAAAUACCAGGUUAGGGAGCAGGGCUUCCAAAAUGGUCAUAUAUUCCGGUCAUUUGUAUAAUGUCUGGUAAAAGUCCAGCUGGGCAAAGCAUGAAACUAUUACUAGGGAGUGAAAUUCUCGCUGUCACCCACAGAAUACGGGUCAGUUGACAGGUAUGACUCAGAUAAAAUUGUCAUUCCAAGCUUGCUGUGAUAUUAAUAUUGAUUUAAAAUGUUGACUUCAGUCAGGUUUAGGCACAGCUGAAAAUAUUUGGUAUAACUGGCAAGAGCACCAGUCUCCACUAAAGACUUGAAAGUCUGAUGGUCAUUUUGGACUAACACAAUGAGUAUUAACCCUUUGCAAGGUUCUAGCUUCAUGAAAAAAUUACCAUCCUUUUUCAGACCAAGUUGUUUAAAAAAAAAAUGACAUUGAAAGUCAUGGCUAAAAUAAAACAUUUGAAAAUGUUUCAGAUUUUUCCAUGGUGUCAUAAAAUUGUUUCUAUGAAGCUUACUUUAUCUUGCUAGAUUGUUGUGUUCAUUCAUAAUUACAUUCAUGGCCAGUCCAUGAACACAUGUUAAUGUUAUUAUAUUCAUUAAAACAACUAUCUGAUAAAACUUUUAACCAUAACUUGUGUAUAACAGGCUUUCUUAUGUAGAUACAUUUUGUUUCAUGCUUAAUAUUCACUAGCAAUGUUUAGGGAAUACCUCAUUAAAAUGUAAUCCAGAACUUGAGAAUGAAAUUUUUAUUUGGGCUUAAUUCUUAUCAUUUUUGUUUUUGACUCUUUUGUUCUUAGUUAUAGAUACAGAAUGUUUCCAAUCAGAUUUUCCAAUUAUAAGUUUAAGCUUUAAUGUGCCAAAUGAUUUUUUUACCAAGCUUUUAAUGUAGAUAUUGUAAAUGCUAAUUUAUUAAUGAAAAUAGAAUGUAGUAAAUUGUGUUCAAUUGUGUAUUAAGGUAAAAAAAUAGGUUAAAACAAAAGUUUGUUUUUUUAAAUUCCCAGAUAUAAUUCAAAAUGAUUUUGAUCCAUUAUAUUUUUUUAUUUUUUAUUUUAAAUGCCAGUGUGUGCAUAAUCCUUAUCCUAUAACUUGAUAAUUUUCAUCACAAAAUUAUAUUUUAUUUGAUAUUUUUGGCUUGAAUAAAGAUUUUUUUUAACCAUGCGACAGUUUAGUUUAUGCUAGUGUUGUGAUUUUUUUUGUAGUGAUUUUUUGUUGCUUACAUAUCAUGAACAAGCAAAUAGUCAUAAGAUAAAUCUACCUCUAAAAUAUAAGAACUCCUUGAAGAAAAAAAAACUGAAAAUUUCCGAAAACUUCCACUUACAACCACACAAAAUUUAAAUUGGAACUUUGAUAUCUCAUACACCCAAAGGACUAUUUGAGAUAUAUGGGUGCUCUAGUUAGUCAGGAUUUCUUGGUUCUGAUAGAAAUACAUUUUGGGUCAAAUUUUGAAAAGCAUACACAAAACUUGAAUGUUUAUAGAAACUCUUUAUCAUUGAUAUCUGACCAACAGGCCCACAUUAUUUUCUAUUCGGUGCAAGAGCAAUAAAAAUAUUCAUUUUCAUUUAGACUCUGAAAUAAAGAAUAUAAACUACAUUGACUGAAAAAUUUGUUUCUAAUGCUUCUAAUUUGUCUACUUUUUUGUGUUUUAGAAUUCAAAGUUCAGUCCCAAGGGAGAUAAUUAUUUAAUUGUCUUGAAGUUUCUGUGUUUAAAACACAUAGAAAUUAAAUUGAAUGGUAAUUAAUUGCAUGGUGCUUGUUUUGUUUAUAUUUUUUGCCAGCUUAGAGAUUUAAAUGAAGUAGGAUAGCAAUGACAGUACAAAAAAAUAUAUUUUAAGUCGUCAUUAACAACUACAUUUGGACUUUGUGAAAAAAAAAAUAGAUAAUCUUGUACAAAUUCAAAAAAUGUUAACAGUUAAAUAAUUAAUUAUAGAAUGUACAUUUGAAGGAAACUCAUCGUUUAAAUCCUAGAUUGAUAAUUAUAUCAAAAAAUAAAUUUGUGAUUAUAAUUUUUUAAGAAAAACUCUCCAAAAGGAGAAAACAUUAAUACUGUGUGGAAAUCUUGUAUGUUACUCUAUGUACAAACAGUUCCUUCUUCCAAUAACCUUGAAAAUGUCAAGGUUAAGUAAUGACCUUGUAUAAUAUCAAGGUUAAGAAAUGACCUUGAAAAGUUUCAAGGUUAAGUUACAACCUUGAAUUCGACAAGGUUGUUUUUUCGUAUUCAGGGGGUACUCAAUGUUACAUAGAAAUAUUAUAGCUUGUAAUCUGGUGAAUUGUUGUAUAAGAAACUUAAAUUCAUAACUGUAUUAAAUUUUGAUUAUCUAUAUAUUACACACAUAUAGAAUUAUGUUAUCUAUUUAUUCUUCUUUGUAUCAUGCAUGGAACAAAUUAUUGUUACUUUCAAACAUUAUUUAGUUUGUAGGUUAUCGUUUUGAGUUGAAUUCUUGGCAUUAAGUAAACAAUGUUUUCAAUUGAUUUGAACAGAAAUGCUAAAAUCUUUAAAAAUGUCUACUUUCAUUAUGAACCUGGUUUCAAUAACUUUAAUGUGUCUUAAUUCAAAUUGUUAAUCACGUGUGUAUUAAUUGAUAUUUUUUUCACUUAAAUUGUUAAAGUAUGACAAAAAAUUCAAAGUGAUUUUUUCCACAGUGGCAUACAAAUUUGACUUUAUUUAAUACAGGUAUAUCUACAUGAAUUCUAACUUAAAGUCUAUCUAAGAAAUUUUUAAAUUGUACUAGUAAGCAAUUAUUCAACAUGGAUAUUUAAAAAUUUAUUUUAGGAAAAUGUGACACAACAGUCCUGUAGUUUUAAUUUCUUAGAAUUUUGACAAGAAUUCCAUUUGGUUUUGACUACUAAAAUAUAUUGUACCUGGCUAUAUAUUUGUGACAUUUUCAUUACAAUAUUAAUGACUUUGAAAGUUUGUUUGAACAGAUUAGUGUCUUAUGAUAUAAAAAGGCAAGUUAUUUAUCCAAAAUUAAGCAUUGCUACUGGAUAUUCUGCCCUGUGGCUUUCAAGACAGUGAUUGAUGAUUUCCAAUUUGUGUUCAUUGACGGAAAUGCAUUUAAAGGAAUUGAUGUAUGGUAAAUGUUGUCAGCAAUUGAUUCAUGAGCUUAACCCUUUCCUCCAUAAUGACGCUUUUUGACGCCACCCCCUUUACUCCAUAAUGACGCCUGUGUAGGACCUCAGUUGAAACACUUUGACUACAAAAUGUCUGCAUCAGACUUGAAAAAAAAUGUAUCCAAUAUGAAAAGGAUAUUCAUGAGAAUAUCUGAUUUGAAUUUCAUUGAUGAAAUGUUCAUUUUCACAGAGCAUUAAUACUUUAAACCUGAUGAUUUUUUUUUUAUUGAAAAAAUCCUAUGCGAAUCAAGUAUGUAAGAAAAAAAAUCCAUGGAGGAAAGUGUUAACACAAAAUUCCACUGGACAAACAUUUGUGUUACAAUUGAAUCCUGAUGUAUAAAGGUGAAAAUUUUUCAAAAAUAUCUGAUUUUCGGACAACAGUAUUUACAUUUGUAGAUAAGAAAUUUAAAAAUCUCUUUCUUGCCACUUCAUCACUCUUCAUGGGUGUUUAUUUAAAAUCCUUUUAUACCAUGGAACAUAUCUUUUUGUAGUCAAAACUUUAAAAAAAAACUUGUGAUGAUCAAAGUACAAUGAUAUUAUUUGCUGUUUAUUAUUUUAUUACACAUUUAUUUACAAAAUGUAUUUACAUAACAGUAUACAAAUAUGUGCAAUAUUCCUCGGAUGUUAUUGUUUAUGUAUUGUUGCCAUGGCAACAGUUGUGAUCUGUACAGCUUUUUGUUGAUGUGAUAUUGCAGACAUUAAAAAAUCAAACUAAUAAA